AACGAGCCUACUCGGUAAGUAAUCUUGACCGAUUUGUAAACUAUUCUUGUCGUGUUCUUAAUUGGUGCACUUAUAACCUAUUAGAAUAAAACACAAUUCUGACACUUGUUUUUGAUCACAGUAUCAACGAUACUGAUCGACGAACACGAUGAACCACUUCACGCUUAAUGCUGGCAGUGGCGAGGAAGGAGGGGAAAUCGCCGAUGCAUUAAAAGAGCUGGAAAUGUGGAAGGGUAAAGUGGAAGAGGCCACAUGUGUGAAAGCCGACCUCGUUCUGGAAGCAACCAAGCAAGAGAAGGCCAAGACCAAGGCGAAUAAUGACAUGAAUGCUGCUCUUGAACAGCAAAAUAAAUAUCUGGAGGAAUGCAACAAGGCCACGUUUGCCAUAGAGGGUGACAUCCUCAGACUUCAGAAGGAAAAUAAGCAUUUGAUGGACCGACUAAGUGGCCGCAAAGAUGCUUUAGAUUUAAAAAGAACCCGGGUUGAUCAAUUAACAGAGCAAUUAAAGUUCAGUGCCAAGAUUCCUGACAUUAAGCUAAAGUUUAGUGAAGUGCUAAAGGAAGAGGAGGACAGCGAGGUGGGCGAGGUGGGCGAGCACAUCAGUGGAUACCACACCAUCACAGAGAGACCAACCACGGUACUCACCGGAGGACAGGCACUCAUCACCUUCGAAGAAAAGAAAGUGGCUUCCCAGAUUCUGAGGAUGGCCAAGUGCCCUGUUCCUGUUGAGAAGGAUACAUUAGAUGUGAUACCAAAGAGUCUGACCCUGGGGUCUGCUGUCAAGUUCGGGAUCCAGCUUGACGUGUCAAAGAAGGCGUUGAAGUUCUCUGGUGUGCGGUCUGACAUGAGCCAGGAGGCGAUCAGAGGUCACCUGGAGUCCAGUUUCUCCAGGCCUAGCAGAGGAGGAGGAGAGGUGGAGAGGGUGGAGUAUGACCCAGACACCGGCACGGGCAAAGUCACCUUCCUCAAUACUGGAGUUGCUGAGCGACUGGCUUUGAUUGGCAUGUACAGUGUUGAUUUGGACGCACAUGUGACUAUAAAGGUUGAACCUGUGAUCCAAUACCAUCUGGAUGGGUUCCAGGCCUUUUGUGGCGCCCCAGAGAGGACUGUUCUGCUGGACAAAAUCAGGGACGUGGAAGAUGAGGAAGACAUGGCAGACAUCCUGGAGAUCUUCUUCCAGAAGCAGACCAACUCUGGCGGGGAGAUUGAGAGCAUCAAGUACAUCUCCAGGGGCAAGGAGCUGCUGGCCUUGUUUGAUGUCAUAUAAUUGACUUCAAUCAUGAUUUCCAAUGGAGAAGUGUGAAAUGGCGCUAGGCCUAUAGUAUCUUAAAAAAUAAAAGUUGAAUGUGGUGGGUUUUCGCUGUUCUAUGUAGCUACGUUUUUGCUAUUAUUCAAGGCUUUCAAAUCAUAAUAUACAGGUUAUAUUUCGUUUUCCAGAAGAGGAAAACUCAGGAACAUAGUUGAUGAGUUUGGCUUUAAAGCUAAAUUUGCAACAGACAUACAUAUGAAUAAUGUUAUAUUAAUAAGUUCGUUUAUAUAUCAAUUAUAUUAAGUGCAUAGAACAAUGGAACAAACACAAAAUUAAGGAUUUCUCCUGUGUAAAGGUUAAAAACAGAAACCAGGGCAAAUAACAUCAAUAAAAGCACAAAAUAAACCUUG